AUGGUCGAUCCACCCGUCAGCACCCGCGAUCGCCAUCGUCACCAACACUUCCCGUUGAUCUCGCCUCCGGACGAGGACGUAGUCCAGCAGGUGCCACUGACGGGACCGAGGAUGCCUCCAGGUGGCCUUCUCUCGCUCCGACAGACCGAAAAAGGCCUUCGUCAGGAUGAGGCAGUGUUCUGCGCAGGUGCGGAGCAGCAGCAGACCAUUGUCGUUGGAGCCGCGGAAACCGUGGCGACGCAGCACUCCUCUCUAGGCAGUAUGUUCUGUGCCGACGUGGGUGUUGAAGUCGCCAAAGACAAUCAGCUUGUCCGCCUUCGAAACAGUCGCCAAGAGGGCGUGCAGGUCCUCGUAGAAUUUGUCUCUUGCGGCGGCGUCGGGGCUGCUCAUUGGCGGAGCGUAGGCGGAGCGUUGGCGCUGAUGAUGGUGGCGAAUUUGCCCACACCCCGCAGAGGCAGACGGAGGCUCAUCAGGCGAUCGUUGAUUCCCUGCGGCAGACUGGGCAGUCGUCCCACGAUGUCGUUCCGGAUGGCGAGGACGACACCCGCGUCUCGUCGCUCUGCCCUGGGUCGGCCACUCCAGAAGAAGGUGUAG